AUGGCUAAAAAUGUCACUUGUUCGUUGUGUGAAAACUCGUUCAGAUUGAAGCUCGCCAAUUUCACUGAUGAUAUGUACGAAGAAAAUAACAAUGAAAUUAUUAAAAAAAUUGAGAAUCUGCAUAAGAGCACCACUGCCGGCAUCGACACCAUUAAGUUGAUUAUAGCUGAAAAUGAAUCAAAACAGACCUUGUUGGAUACUUUAGAGAAAAAACUUUGCACUGAAAUUAACAACCUCAAGAGCGAAUUGAAUAAAACAUUUGCAAGUGUUGUUGGUUCGGAGGUCAAAAAAAGUGUUGAUAGCAUCAACUUGGAGGUAAAGAAUGUCAGCAAAACUAUAAACAGUUUUGUUGAAUCAAAGGAGAGAGAAACGAACAUGAUUGUUUUCCGAUUGAAAGAGGGGGAUGCUGAUAAGACCAGUAUAAAAAAAAUAGUGAAACACUUGACAAAUGAGACAUGUGACCAGAAAAACAUCGUCAAAAUCUGA